AACACCUUCUUUUCAUAAAACAGGAAGAGCGAGAGAGCGAGCGAGAGAGAAAGAGGUAGACAUCCCCAAGGAUGAACGCGUAACCCCAACUUCUCUGAACUUCGAGAGUUAAAGGUUUAAGGAGAGAGAGGGAGAAUAGAAGGCUGUAAUAUAGAAAGGAAGAAGCGAGUAAGAGCGAGGAAGACUGAAGGACAAAAACACUUAUGCCAUGACACAGACACAGCAUGGCCUCCAGUCGACGGUCCCUCUAUCAGCCAUGAAGACAGGAAAGGUGGCGAUGUCUCCAGGAGAGGACGGUCUGAUCGGGAUCCCCUUCCCAGAGCACAGCAGCGAGAUCCUGUUCCGCCUCAACGCCCAGCGCAGGGCGGGGCUACUCUGUGACCUCACCCUGACCUCGCGCGGUGCCCGCUACCCCACCCACCGCUCCGUCAUGGCUGCCGUCAGCCUCUACUUCCGCGGGCUGUUUGGGGCGGAGGAGGGGGCGGAGGCAGGGGGUGAGGCGGGGGGAGGAGGAGGGUUCAGUGUGUGCCAGCUGGACUGUGUAGCGCCCGAUGCCCUGGAUGCCCUGCUGGAGUUUGCCUACACGGCCACCCUGACCAUCCGCAGCUCUGGCAUGAGAGACGUGUUGAGAGGAGCUCAGUUACUGGGGAUCCAGUGUGUGGUUGAUGCCUGUAGAGAUAUACUGGGGGAGACAGCGGGGGAGGUAGAGUGGGAGACGGGGGAGGAGAGGGUACAGGCGGAGAGGGAGAGAAGGGUGGAGAGGGGGAUGAAGAAAGGCUCCCGGAGGAAGAUAGACAGACGGAGAGUCACCAAGGUGGAGUCAUCGCACCACCAGCCACUGCCUCAUCGCCCCAACAUCAACACACACCAGCACCCCUCCACUCCUCCUCCACACCCCUCACCUGUUCAAGACGGGGCCCACUCUCAUCCCUCCACCCGACCCCCCAGCCCUGAGCAGGAUGAACACCCCCCCACCACGGGACAGAACGGGGAGGGCAGGGAUGCAGGGAGGGGGAGUACAGCAGUCAACGGAGGGGUGCACUGGCCUCAGGAGCGCCUCCUCGCCCCCCACCCCCCUCUCCUCCUCUCAGACGACAGGCUGUCAGAAGACGAGGAGGAGAUGGAGGGAGUGGGGAACGGUGGGGUGCCCAGCUUUACUUCCGUCCCCCUGGCAGAGCAAGGGGUGGCCACGGGAGCAGGAGGAGGGGGUAGGAAGAGGAAGUCUCAGACCCCCCAGCAGUGUCCUGUCUGUCAGAAGAUCAUCCACGGAGCAGGGAAGCUACCCAGACACAUGAGAACACACACCGGGGAGAAACCAUUCGAGUGCUCUACCUGCGGGGUCCGCUUUACCAGGAAUGACAAGUUGAAGAUCCACAUGCGUAAACACACAGGGGAGCGUCCGUACCCUUGCCCCCACUGCCCCGCCCGCUUCCUGCAUUCCUACGACCUGAAGAACCACCUGUCUCUCCAUAGCGGGGCGCGCCCCUUCGAGUGCCCGCUCUGCCACAAGGCCUUCGCCCGCGAGGACCACCUCCAGCGCCACCGCAAGGGCCUCAGCUGCCUGGAGGUCCGUACCCGGGCACGGCCGAAGCGCGGGCCUGGGGCUGACCAUGGGGAAGAGGACAGAAGGGCUAGAGGAGGAGGAAGAGGGUAUUCUCCAGACCAACUCGACCCGCUGGAGAAUCUGGCCCUGCAGCCCCACGCCUCAGCAUUCCACCCCCGUGCUGGGAUGGUUGGCCUGGGGGAUGGGGCUGGGGCUGGAGGUCAAAUGGUGUUCCAGGAGGAGGCUGACAGGGAGCAAGCUAUAGCCCUCCUAGGGCCUCACAGGUUACCCUACCCUGGUCUGCUGUGGAGAGGCCUGGAGCUGGGGGUGAGAGGGGUGGAGGGGGAGGAGGCUGGCGGGGGCCACUCUCCUGCACUUCAGCAUGCAAGAUGGGAGGAGGAGGCAGAGCAGGAGGCAGAGGAGGAUGAGGAAGACGAGUGAGAAGAGAGGAAGAGAAGACCAUGCAUGGAUGUGUAUGCGUGUGCAUGUGUGCGCGUAUGUGCAUUUGUAUAUGCAUAAGUGUGUGUGUGUGUGUGUGUGUGUGUGUGUGUGUGUGUGUGUGUGUGUGUGUGUGUGUGUGUGUGUGUGUGUGUGUGUGUGUGUGUGUGUGUGUGGCACCCACAGUAUGGAUGGGGAUAUCACUCAGGUGACUGGACCUGCUCCUUCUUACAAAGCGCUUAGAGAAAGACUAAACAAUAGAGAAAGACUAAACGAUAGAGAAAGAAUAAACGAUAGAGAAAGAAUAAUGGAGAACGGGUUUUCUGAUUUGUUAUUGUUGUUUCAUGGCUCUCUGUUUUUAUUUCAGUUUUUCCACUAUUUUCCAUUAUUUCUAUUUUAUUUCAUGCUGUGGUUAUUCUUAUUAUCUGUACAUAAAAAGAGGCUUUAUUGAGGGAAUGUUUUGUGCAUAGAUGUGCUGAAGGGGAUAUGGGGUUCUUUUCUCACUCUAUGCAAACUGAAGUCAGGAGCUGAGGAAAAUGAGGUGUCCAGAUGUAAAGAAAGAAGAUAAAACAAAUCAUGUAUUUUUGAGCAGAGAGCUGUUAGAGUAAUAUAACAAUCACAUGUUAUUGAAGUUCAAACAAUGUAUGUUCAACAUCCAUCUGGGCCUACUAAACCCAACCACUCUUCAUGUCACUAUACUAGCACUCUCAGCGGGGUAGUAAGAAACCGGAAUCAUCCGGUUUUCAGUGGGAAAGCAGAGAAGACACAAACCCUGAAAACCGGUAGCUUCCGGUUCCUUCCGACCCGCUCAGGCGUUUGUUUUACGCCUGCUAAGUUAGGUAAGUAUAGUAGUAGGUGUGGAAUCUGCUGUUUCAUUUUGGGUGUACUGUACUACCCUCUAGUGGUUAUUGGUGGAGCUAGUCGCCAAUGGCAACAAGUCACACAGGUUUCCUAUUGAGCAAUUAUCUAACAGUAACAGUCUUAUUUUCAGGCUUAUUAUUUUGCUGUCUGUUGUAAGUAGAUUUUCAUGCCCUUUUAUGAGGCACUGAUGAUACCAAAGAUUUCAGUUUAUUUCUUCCUAAUCAAUCAGUUUGAUCAAGCACAGGAGCACCAGAGCUAUAGAUUGAGAUCCCUAUGGGCACGCACUGGUUGAAUCAUUGUUGGUUCCACGUCAUUUCAAUGAAAUUACAUUAAACCAAUGUGGAAUAGACAUUGAAUUGAUGUCUGUGCCCAGUGGGAUGGCUCUAAGGGUAUUCUGGGAUUUUAGAGCCAAGGUUUGGUUAAAAGACCUGUCUUCAUUUGCAUGGUUCUCCGCUGCAGAGUGAUAGAAGGGUUGGAGACUGCUUCCAUAGGUUAGAUUCUCUGUGGAGCUCUAGUGCUCUGUGAAAAAUGCCUGACCAAAACUAGACUACAUCUGCAGGGUCAUUGGAUGAUUGUUAAUGAGAGGUGUGUGUUUGUUGCUUUAGCGUUUACUUUUUGACAUCGACGGGGGACAAUUCCUUUCCAAAGUUUCCUUCUUUAGAAUGUCUUCUGAUCAUGCACUCCUUGUUUUUUGUUGAUUGCAAAAAGAGCGAGAGAAAAGGAGAGAGCGAGAGAAAAGGAGAGACCACGAGGGAAGGAGGGAGUGAGGGAGAGACCUUGAUCUCUUGAUUGCUUUGUAUUUAUUUAUUUAUUGUUAUUUAUUGUGGCUUUCCAGUUGAAACUGUGUGUGUGACCUGACCCAGGGUAUCCACAGUGACCUGACCCAGGGUAUCCACAGUGACCUGACCCAGGGUAUCCACAGUGACCUGACCCAGGGUAUCCACAGUGACCUGACCCAGGGUAUCCACAGUGACCUGACCCAGGGUAUCCACAGUGACCUGACCCAGGGUAUCCACAGUGACCUGACCCAGGGUAUCCACAGUGACCUGACCCAGGGUAUCCACAGUGAUCUGACCCAGGGUAUCCACAGUGACCUGACCCAGGGUAUCCACAGUGACCUGACCCAGGGUAUCCACAGUGACCUGACCCUGGGUUUGACACAGUGACCCGCAACACCACUCGGCUCGGUCCCCUUCUGGCACAGUUGAAGUGCUUCAUACCUGCUUCCUUUUGAGUCUUAAGAGAAACUGCAUUGUGCUUAAAGUGACGGCUAAGAAAGACCCGUACACCCAGUGCCAUGUUGGGUGAUAGGUCCUCUGUUGGCUAUUCUUCCUCCUUUUGCAUUUGUUUUGCACAACACAUCACCCCCUGAAAAGGUACUACAAUAAUACCGGCACAUUCCAUCCUCCGGGGUAGAAAGAAGGGAUCAGAAAAGAGAGAGGGAAAAGAGACAGACCGAGCCUUUCUCUCUCUCUUUAGAGCACAAGACAACUGUCAACCUGUAGCCGUUUCACACUUUCAGUUAAAGAGAUAAGCAUCAACUGCACUUAGGGAGAUAUCUGUGUUGUUGAUUCAACAUGUACUGUAUGUUAUUGUGUAAUCUGUCAGAGCUGUGUGUAUAAGUCACAGAUCGGCCCUUAGGGGGCCUGUCUCUAGGAGACCAGCGGCCAUAUUGGGUGGCCCAUUGCAGGAGUACACAACUUUGCUUACAGAUAAUCAACUACUUUUUCAAAGUCUGUCACUCUUUAGGUGAUAGUGAGUUAUGUUCUUUAUUUACAACUAUUUACGAGGGCUGCAACUCUAGCCUGAAGCUUAUGUAGCUCUAGCAGACUGGACCUGCGUGUGCUAUCCAUUCCACGCUAUGUAGAAGAACUUUCCUUGUUUCUGAUUUAUUUGCACUAAAAUAUUGAGAGCUUUUAUGUUUUUUUCUUUCACCUCGUUAUCCAUUCCAUGACUUCACUCAGUAUCGUUUAUGAUUGUAAGAGAAGAUAUCUAUAUAUUGUUCCUUCAAUUCUUGAUAAUAAUAUUAGUCUAUAUUCUUUCUAUUGCGUAGUGUAAUAAGAGAUUGCUAUGUAAAGGGGUGAAGCUGCCUUGGACUUUUGUUUUGUUUUUGUGCUGCAACUAUUCUCAGGAAAUCUUGAGCAAUGCACUAAGUAAUUAUGCAAAAUUGUGGGGGAGAUAUGCUGUGUACAUAUGUAGCCUAUGUAUGUUCAUACAUGUCUGAAGAGGUAGUGACACCUUUCACUCAAAAGUACGGUUCCAAUACAACACCUUGUACCACAUGACUAUGAGGAAGUAGGAUAAAAGCAAAUCGAGAAAUAGUAGAUAUCCAUUUGUAUUGUAAAACAUGUACAAUGUAGUGUACAUCAAUUGAAACCAGCCAGUCACACACAUUGUGCUGAAAGGUUUUUUGUGCUGAGGGGUGUUGCUACCAGCAUUUAGAGAGCUUGGUGAGUGAAUGAGAGGGAAACAUUAUGCCAGCUGUGAAGUGUGGUGUUUCUAUGGAACUUUAUGUAGUUUUAUUUGGCUUUGGUGAAGGGAUCUGGGGUCUGUUUUGAAUAGAGACCCCACUAUCAGGGAUACAUUUUUGUCUUUCCGUUUUUAGUGGACCUUCUGUCAGAGAUAUGAAUUCAUUUUCCCAUCAUUUGUUUCAGAUAAUAUAAAGAAAACAGAUAAAUAAACAAAGAUAUCUA